UCCGCCAUGAACUCUGUCGAUGAAUCCCAGGCUGAGAGACGAGCGCAAGGCCUGGAGUGAUAUUCGAGGAAAAAUAACAAACUGUUAACUAGUUGUAUUAUAAUUGGAGGACAGUAGGAAGCUUUGCAUCUGUUGUCGACUUUUGAACAAAUUAUUUUAAGCCAAUGGCUAGAAGAUUUAAAAACUGUGCCCAUGUCGGACGUGUUUGUUUUUUUUGCCUACUUUCAGACCUAGACCUACCUGUUGAAGAAGUUUUUCAAAUUCGUGUGACAAAUAAAUAGAUUAACCAUUGGUUUUAUUUUCGAAUAAGUACCAUGGCAUACUCCACGCAAAAAAACUUCUUUCAUGUUCCGUUUGGGAGCGACGGUGUCGAAUUCGAGUGCAUCGAUGCGUGCGUUAAAUUAAAGAGCUAUCCGUCCACAAUUGACGAUCGGUCCUGGGCCGCGGACGAAGACGUCAAGUCUCAGUUUGUUGCGGAUUUGGUGGCUUGCAGUUUAAUUCCGAAAUCAAAAACCGGUGGCCAGGGACAACCAAGAAGUGGUGACAAACCUAGUGGUGGUGGCUCUGGUAGAAGUCCAUCUGGUAGCCCAGAAGAUGAGUAUGGGAGCGAUUUGGUGGUUGGCGACAGCCUCAUCAAUGCCGCCGACGACACCCUCGGACGCAUGCAGAGCCUGAUGAUCAAAAACAACAUGCUCCAGAAGAAGCUGGACGAUUCCAAUGCCAAGCUUGAGACGGCCAAUGACGAGGUUGAUGAUAUUAAACGGAUUAUGGGGCAGAGGUAUGAUCCUGAGAAGAGCAAGGCCCUCAAGGAUAAGAUAAAAGAACUUGCAGACGACGGAAAGAUCACUCCAAAGGACGAAAAAGAACUCAAUGACUUGCAAGCGUCCAUUGAUGAUAUGAAUAAGGCCCAUGACAUCCUCGCAGCCGAGAACGCCAACCUAAAGCGGCUAAUCGAAAAGCAAUCCUUGCGCUGUAAGCUGGAAGGCGUUCAGGUCGACCCCGAAAAGAGCAGCGACGUCCCCUAUCUGCAGCAGAAGGUCGAUGAUCUGGGCAAAGAGGUGGCUCUACUUCGCAAGAUGGAGGACGACUAUUUGAAAAAAUGUGCCACGAGUUGCGGAAGAGGAGGGUCUCCGGGGAGUGGAGGCGGCGGUAGUGGUGGGGGUGGUGGUGGUCCACCCAGUAAAGGUGCCUUCUCCCCAGAUAAGGAUGCUGAGAAUAUCAAAAAAAUUCUGGCGGAACGUGAUGCUUUGAGAAAGAAGCUCAAAAACCUGGAGGACAUUGGCGACAAGGUGAGUCUACUGGAGGAGAAGGCUUGUGAGGCUGAGCAAAUUUCCGGGGAGCUGGAGAACAGCCUUCAGGAACAGAACGCGUGUAUGUGCAGUAUGCAACGCGAUAUGCAGGACAUGCAGAGCUACUACGAAAAUGAAGUGGAAAAGGCGAAGGGGAACGAGGAGAUACUCAAGUGCCAUUGCAACCAGAUGAAGCAGGAACUGGCAUCCGCUAAGGCGGCCAUCAAGCGGGCCGAGUGCCAGCAGAUGGAGAUCGAUGUGCUGCGAAACGAGCUGCGGAAACGUGACAUUGCCCUUAACGCCUACGACUGCCAGUACCAACAGCUAAUGUUAAAAGCAAAGAUGUUCAAGAAUGCCGGUUAUCGUUUUCUCGACGAUCUGCCGCCAGACUGUUGUACUGACAGUUGCGUGGAUGGUCCAGAAGAGGAGCAAACCGAAGAAAAUUAAAGGCUCUAAAAGAAGACAAGUUUCAAUAGUCAUUGACAGAAAUCCGUAGUUUCUCCAUGCCAUUCCCACUCUAGGUUCUCAAUAGAUGUAUCACAAAAACUCAUGAAUCUAGGAAGAUAAGUGUACGCAAAGGUUAGGAGUAUGCAUUUAGGAAAAUUGACGUAUUCAAAUCCCAAAAUUUAGAAACAAAAACAGUUUAAAUGUGAUUCUUCAAUAAAAUUCAAUUUUAGUGUUUUUAAAUCAAA